AUGCCUGCUGUUUGGUUUGCGUUAAGGAAGUCAUUGCACUGCCAAUCAGGACCUGCAGAUGUUCAUGAUCCAAAUUUUCAGGGGAAGAAUCUUAGCAAAAUAGUAACGAAAACAAAAAAAUCAUCAACAUCAACAGGAGGGAAAUCAGGGUGUUCAAGAUCUUUAGCAAAUCUUAAGGAUGUCAUCCAUGGAAGCAAGAGACACAUGGAGGAAAAACCAUCAACAAUGGCAACCACAACAACAAAUGCUAGUCCUAGGUCCAUUGGAAGUUCAGAACUUUUAAACCCAAUUGCCCAUGAAGUUGUUUUGUCGAAUUCAAAUUGUGAACUGAAGAUCACAGGCUUUGGUUCUUUGCAAGAUGGAAACGGUGUUGGUGGUGAUGGUGAGAGCGUGUCCUCACCAUUUGAGGGUACCCUAAAACCUGGGACGCCUGGCCCUCACCAUUAUCAUCAUCAUCACAAGCUAACAAGCUCACCGAUGACUAAUCGAAGAAACUCUAAUGGAUUUUCAAGGGCUAGUAGAGGUUUAGGCUCUGGAUUUGGUGCUAUUAAUGCUUCAAAGGCUAGAGCUUCUUUUGAAGGUGAAGGCCAUGGGAUAUUUAGCUUGGCUUGUCAUAAAUGUGGUGAGCAAUUUGUGAAAUGGGAAGCUCUUGAAAAUCAUCAUCUCUCUAAACAUGCUGUUACUGAGCUCAUUGAAGGAGAUUCAUCCAGGAAAAUCGUAGAAUUAAUCUACAAAACUAGUUGGUCAAAAUGCCACACCAAUUCUGGAGGAAUAGAAAGGAUCUUGAAGGUCCAUAACAUGCAAAAAACACUAUCUGAAUUUGAAGAACAUCGAGAAACUGUGAAAGUCAGAGCUAGCAAGCUCCAAAAGAAACACCCUCGAUGUCUUGCCGAUGGCAAUGAGUUACUAAGGUUUCACGGAACCCUAGUUGAAUGCAAUCUUGGCCUCAACGGCUCGUCCAGUCUUUGCCAAUCAAAUAACUGCAAAGUUUGUCAAAUUCUACGACAUGGGUUUAUAAUUAAGAAAAAUGGGAACAACAAAAAUGUAGUUGGAGGUGUUUUCACAACUUCAACAAGUCAAAGGGCAUUUGAAGCUAUUGAUGUCAACAAUGGUUCGUGUUUGAGGAAAGCUCUGAUAGUUUGUAGAGUGAUUGCUGGGAGAGUUCAUAAGCCAUUGGAGAACAUUCAAGAACUUGCUAAUCAAUCUGGAUUUGAUUCAUUGGCUGGAAAAGUAGGUAUUUAUUCAAAUAUUGAAGAACUUUAUUUGCUAAAUCCUAGAGCACUUCUCCCUUGCUUUGUAAUAAUUUGCAAGCCACAAACGUAA